AAUCAUUUUGCUGGCGUCAUGUUGGACUACCACAUCGUUUUGCUAUUUUAAGCCGAUCUGAGAUCAGUAAUUUGCGGGUUUGUAAAUGUGUUGCGGCUGGAGUUUGUGAACAGGAGGCUGAAUCAGGAUCAGCUUAAAAAAGGAAGCUUCACAGGUAACCGUCUGCGAUGGGCGCAGCCAACAUAUAGGAUACUCUUAUUCAUAUGCCAAAUUUAAAAACGCAUACAAAAGUAUUUUUUACCUUUCACCAGCAGAUGGACAUCAAGAGCAAUGCAUGAGGAACGCAAACUGGGACAUUCAAUGUUAACCAUGAAGCCUUGUAGAAUGCAGUUACUGUCAGUGGCAAAACAGCCCUGGGAAGAAGCUUUUGAGUUUGGAAAUGCGGAGAAAUAGACCAGCGCGCUCAAAGAAUGAGAGGCAUGUCCUGCACUCUUUCAGCCCCAGCUGAGCGGUGUGCUGUUUUUUAAAUCACUUUUCCACACUAAACCUCAGUGUUAGUGACAUACACACCGGCUGGAUCACACACACAGAUGGUGUCAGUUUUUGAUGCAGAGCUCAAGCAGCAUAUAGGCAAUAUGGCUAAACACAAGUUUAAUCUUGUAGCAGCCAUGCUGUACUACUUUAAUCCUAUAGCAUUUGAAUAUGAUGGGGAAGCUGGAUGGGGGGUGUAGGCAACUGAUGUGUGUGUGCUCGUGUGUGUGACCCUCCGACUGCCAUUGGAUGAGCUCUGUGGGAAGGGGUGUGUUCAGGCUCACAGUAUAGCGCUUGUUAUGAGAGCCUUCUGCCGUCCCCUUCCACAAACCUCAAUAACAACAGUAUCGCAGCCUGUGAGUGUGUGUGUGUGUAGGGGAGUGAGGAGUGCCUCUACCGCCGUUGCAGCUGGUUGCGGCUUCCUCCCUGUGCUGGAUUUCCUUGAAGGUCUGCCUCACCUCUGCAGUGCCUAGGAAGAAAAUAAGGGUCCCCCAGAGACUGAGAGAUCCAACGUAACUACCACUCCAAGGUCCAGAAAGGUUUCCAGUGUUUACAACAGAUUCCACUCAUGAUACUGCAAAAACAGAAAUAAUGGACAAGAAAAAUGCAAAUGGCUUUCCUUCCAAAGCCUCUGAGAGUGGAGUACAGAGGAAACAGCUGCCAUAUUCCGUAGAGACCCCCUAUGGGUUUCACCUGGAUCUGGACUUCCUGAAGUAUGUAGAUGACAUAGAGAAAGGGAACACAAUCAAGAGGGUGCACAUUCAACGCAAGAACAGGGGCCCGAAGUACAGCACACUGCCACGCAACUUCAGCCUUCCUGGGCAUGGCGCUCGACCUCUAGCCAAAGAUACGUGGGCUAAUACUUCCACUUUAGGGUCCAAACCCAAGUCACGUGUUACUGAAGUCCAGCAGCUUUUUGAGUUCCGAGCCAGUGAUGCCACUAGUGGUAGCAGAAGCACCAGUGGGAGCUCCCCUGCCAGCCAGUCAAAGAUGCCUGGGAGUGGUUACCUCCCCUCGCCAAAGGCUGCCGAAGAGUCUCCAGUACAGACCUCAUCUCAGAAUGAACAGUCCAUGAGCCUUAAUGUUAGGCCUCACUUGUUAAGAGCCUCCAGCAUGCCUGUUAAUGUCCCACGAAGGAAAGGUUCAGACUCAACUGAUGAGCAGAGUUCCCAGUCACAGAAUGGCUCAGCUGAGAGGCUUUUUCGACCGGCGGAUGGAGGCGACAGGAGAGGCAGUGUUCCCCAGGACAGGGCCAGCUUGCAUCAACAGAUUACAGCUGCACUGAAAAGGGUGCGUGAAUUAGAAGAGCAAGUCAGGACCAUCCCUGAGUUGAGGGCUCAAAUAUGCUCUCUUAGAACGGAGAGGGAACAACUGCUUGAAAGAAUUCAGCAACAGCAGUCUGAACAAAAGAGCCCUUUGCAGUUUAACGAGAGUGAGGUUCCUCAAGACAGUGUUGUUCCUCCAGUUAUAAGUGAGAAGAAAGAUACUUGUUCCCCUUCCACAGUUGCUGCAGAUGAUCAGAAAAUGGUUCAAGCAAUACAGUCUGACAAAACCACAGAACAACAGUCAGAGGAACAAAAUCCUGUGGUGCAGGUUAUUGUAGAGCAGGAGUCUGAAAAAAAUGAACCAGUAACUGAUACAGAGUCAGAGAAGGAACAGGUGCCAGCUCCAGUGUCUGUCCCAGUGAUACGCAUAGACAAAGCAGAAACUCCAACUGAUCCAGAUGAAGCAGAGGGACUUUUGCAGGAGUCUACACUUCAAGAAGAAGCAUCAAAGAGUCUUUCAGAGCAAGCAGAAAAGCAGAAGAUAUUACCAGAGACUUUGUUAGAAGAUAAAAAGUUGACGCUGGAUUUAGAAGAAUCAGGUGCUACAUCCGAGUGUACAUCUGCUCAAGAAGAUACUGCGACUUUUGAGGGACCAAGUGUAAUUGUAAUUGAGGAAAAUACAAUAGUACAACCCGAUGAACAGAAUCUUCUCACUAACCUGGAGCUGGAAGCAAAACUGAAAACUUUGGAAGAGAGUCUAAGCAAGGCCAGUUGUGAAUUGGAAAAGACAAAUGCCUUACUGAGGGAACAGAUGGACAAGAAUAGACAAAAAGAUGAGAGAAUACAGGAACUGAUCGACCAAGUGAAGGAGCAGAAACUUCAAGGUCCUAUCGAGACAGAGCCACUCUCUGUACCAGUUGUCACAUGUGAUGCAUCAGUCAGUACAGACAGCAAAAGUGUCGUGGAGAGAGGAGUCUCAACCGAACCUCAACCAGCUGAGGGUCCCAAAGAAACAGAUUCUAAAUGCUCAAGCACUCAGACAAAUAUAGUAGAAGCUCGAGACAUUGAAGUCUUAGCACAAGUUACUACAGCAGAGAAAAUUGUAGGGGUAGAGAUUUUCAUGUGUGACCGGGCAAUGGAGACUGAAGUACAGGAUAACAUAGAAGAUAACAGUAGACAGGAAGUCUCUGAAAUACUAGAGAAGACAGACUCUGUAAAAGACCAAGAACAAGAGGGUGAUAUCAAAGAUAGUGUGUCAAGCCAGAUUGUAGAUACCAAAGUCAGUGAAAAUGUUGUUGCAGAGAGUGACACUGAGGAAUAUGUCAUGGUAGAAAGUGCCAUGGUUGAGACUAUGGCCAGUGAAAUUGAAAUCCCUAAGCCUACAGUUCAAGAGAUAGAAUCUGCAGAGAGUAAGGGGGUUGAAAGCACAACGGACAAAGCAAGAGAAAGAAGUUCAGGUUUGCAAACACAGCAGGAACCAAGAGAAAUACAAGAACAGGAUCCCCACCUUCAGUCUCCAAGAGCAUCUGAAGCCACAGCUUCUCCUGCUGCAAUCGGUCAGGUUGUUAAUCGUAUACAGGGGCUUCUUAAUGAGCAGUGGGCCAGUCUGGGAAGUGGGGGCCAAGACGCAAAAGGAGAGAGCUCCCAGAAACCUCAUUCUUCCAAAAUAAGCUCUAUUCAAAGCCACCUGAGAGGGUCCCUCAGUGCCCUAUCUGCCUUUUACUCACCUGUUCAGAAAGGAGGGGCUGCACGACAAUCAGGCCUCAAAUCCAUCAUGAAGAAGAAUGACUGUCCUGACAAGCAGGGCAAUGGGGGAGCGAAGAAGAACUUGAAGUUUGUUGGCGUAAAUGGAGGCUAUGAGACCACAUCCAGUGAGGACUCCAGUGGGGAGGAGGAUCAGGACGAGGUUGAGGAGGUGGAUAGUUCGGAGCCUGAGGUGGAGCAGGGAGAGGAGAGUGGAACGGCCCAGGAGGAGGCUGCUGCUACUGGGGAGCAAGGUGAUGGGGUUCAGGCAGAGGUGGCAGAGGGCUCUAAGGAGCCUGAUGCUGGCCAGGCCGCCAUGAGUCCCCAGGAGGAGCAGCCUGUCAGAAUCCUGAAAAAAAAAGGUUCACAGUUUCCACGAAAAUAUUACGCGGCACAACUGAUAACAUUGCAAAUAAAUUCAGGCAAGCUCAAUCUGUGUCGUUGCAGUGAGUUAGUUGAUAAGAACUUCAUGGCUGCUUGUCAUUUCCUGAAGGAUCGCAUGGCUGAGGUUGCUACCCCAAAUAAAGACAUGAGGCAGGUUCUGAUGGUGUUAUAUCAGGAGUGGUUCCGUGUGUCCAGUCAGAAGGACUCACAGGCUGAUACAGUCACGCUCUACCUGAGAGAGGUGGGCUUCCACACUCCCACUCUGCUGCGCUAUAUAGUGAACCUGGCUGAUGGUAAUGGCAACAUGGCACUGCACUACAGUGUGUCCCAUUCCAACUUCUCUGUGGUCAAGCUGUUACUAGACACAGGACUGUGUGAGGUGGAUCACCAGAACAAGGCCGGCUACACCGCUAUAAUGUUGGCAGCUCUUACUGCGGCAGAGAGCCCUGAGGACAUGGAGGUGGCUCAGCAGCUACUGAGAAUGGGCAAAAUCAAUGCACAAGCCAGCCAGUCGGGGCAAACAGCACUGAUGCUUGCAGUUAGUCAUGGGCGGACAAUGAUGGUUCAGGUUCUUCUGGACUGCGGCGCUGAUGUGAACGUACAGGACCGGGAUGGCUCCACUGCUCUGAUGUGUGCCUGUGAGCACGGCCAUACUGAGAUAGCCAAAAUACUGCUGGAGAGACCAGAAUGUGACAUAUCACUCACAGAUAAGGAUGGACACACAGCUUUGUCAGUAGCCAUGAAGGCAUCCCACUCUGAGAUUGUUGAUCUCCUGAAAGCUCGUGCUGAUCCAGCCACAGUUACAGAUCCUACAGCUCCGCUCUGAGUCCAAUGGCCUUGUCUUCAUGUCCAACUGGCUCUGCCAGAAUCAUCUUUCUACUGCCUCAACCUGACAUGCUGGCCAGGCCAGCAGUCAACAAUAGAGAGACAGCACUUGCCAGUAAUUCGCAGAUUCUCUGUUUGAGAAAUGGCCAAUGAGAAAUGUACUUCUGUACGCCAAUCAAAGAUGCCAUGGAGGGUGGGCUUCCCUAAACUCCCCAGAAGGUCCCCAUUUGUCCUGAAGCACAGCUACUGUAGCUAUUUAGCAGGCAUGGUACAUUGUUACAUGUUUUAGCCUUCUAUUUUCAGGUAAUGUGACUAUAUUUUUGUUAGGCAAUGAAAAGUACUCUAUGAAUGUUAUUAAAGAAGUGAUCGGACACACGUUAUAUUUAUUUUUUAUUGCACUUUUAUGUAAUAAUUCUCCCCAGAAGUAUCCAAAGUCUGUCUUAGUAUAACCUGAUGUGUCUUCCUAUUAUAUGAGGGGUUUUGGGUCAGGCCCAGUACGGAACCAUUCCUUGCCUUUCCAGGUGGAACAGGGAAAGGAGUUUUACGGUCACACAGUUGUGUUGCCAGUAUGUCUCCCAUCAUAUUUUCUUUAAACAGAGAGCCAAGCAUUCAAAAAAGAUUUAGAAGCCUUGCUUUCAUUAUAUAAAUUCUUUUUUGGUAAAAUACCAUUUAUCUGAAUGGUUUCUGUCCUAUUGUUCUCUUCACCCAAAGAAGAAAAAAAAAGGGUGUGCAAUAUAUCAUAACUUCAGUAACAAAUAAUUAAAGCAAACUCCCAAAUUAUAAUCCAUUAUAAUCAGUCCAUUAUAAUUUAUUCACUGUCAAAGUUUACUAUAUACUCUAACCUGCUGCAAUAUUAACUUCUUUACAACUUAUUUUACAAAUUGUAUAUUAAACAAAGAUUUACAGAUACAAGUUGUCAAGUUCCCCUGCAGACACAUUUAAGCAGCACAUUAUUUUGGACUGGACUGUAGUUGUAUUCUCUGUACAUUGUGCCUGCUUAAAAUUAAGACAUCAGAAGUUGUGAUGAAGAGAUAUGUUUAAUGACGAAUCAAUAACUCGGCUGGAGAAAGUAUGAAUCUAUAUAUGUAUACUGUGCAACAGUAUCUUGUGGGAGGUGUUGUGAAUUAAUAUCCUGAAAUAUAAUGACUAUUUAUUUCCAAUUCUAUAUUUUUGAGUAUAUACAAGUAUAUGCAUGGAUAAAAUAUUGACUUAAUAAAAACAUGCAUUUUGUA